CUGGCGGACACUCUGGAAGCAACAAGCUCGACAGGACCGAACGUCUGUGCCGCAGCGGUGAGGUCCGCACUUUGACGGGAUAGCGUCUACAAAACAACGUUAUAUAUGACCACUACGUCUUAGCCUGAACCUGAACUUCAGAAAGGAAGAUGUCAGUGGUUUAUAAAGAUGACCAGGAGGACUGGCUGACCGUGUGUCUCAAGUACCUGCUCUUUGUUUUCAACUUUCUCUUUUGGGUGGGUGGAGCUGCUGUUUUGGGUGUCGGAGUCUGGACACUGGUGGAGAAGAGCGACUACUUGAGUCUGCUGGCUUCCAGCACUUUUGCCGUCUCUGCAUAUAUCCUCAUCCUGGCCGGCAGCCUGGUGGUGGUGACGGGAUUCUUGGGAUGCUGUGCUGUCGUCAGGGAACAGAGAAGCUGUUUGUCCACGUAUUUCUUCUGCCUGCUGUUUAUCUUCUUGAUUGAACUGGUGGCUGGAGUCCUGGCUUAUGUUUACUAUCAGAAGCUGAGUGAGGAACUGAAGCAGCAUCUCAACCAAACUAUGACGGAGAACUACGCGCAGCCGGGGAAGGAGGCCGUGACGUUAGCUGUCGACAGACUACAACAAGAUUUCAAGUGCUGCGGCAGCAACAACUCCAACGACUGGAUGGUGAGCGUGUACAUUUCGUCAAACCAGGCAGACAGCAGGAUCGUGCCCGAUAGCUGCUGUAAGACCAUCACGCCGAUGUGUGGCCUGAGAGCUCAUCCGUCCAACAUCUACAAGGUGGAGGGAGGAUGCAUCACGAAGCUGGAGCAGUUUCUGGCAGACCACCUGUUGGUCAUCGGUGCUGUGGGAAUAGGAGUAGCCUGUCUGCAGAAAUUAAAAGCAGCGCUGUUAAUUUAAACACAGAGCGGCGCUGACCUGGAAAGGAUCACGCGUUUGUAUAAAACUGGAUUACUCUUGUCAACCUGUGUUUGUUUAUGCCCCUGAGAUGAAUGGAAGACGAAGAAGUGGACAUGAUAUUUGGGAGGGAGAAUGUAUUUGUUAUCCACAAUAAAGAGGAGGGGGAGGAGGCAUAGGCGCAAAAUAGCGUGAGAGGAACUUGUGCGUUUUCCUCAGAGAUUGAUGGCACAGAGGAGAGAGCAUGAGAGCGACCUUGACUCGGUCAUGAGAGCGCCGCGAGCUCGAUAGGGGGAGAGGAAGAGUUUGUAAUCAGUAAACAGGCUCCGGACCGACCGCUCUUCAGGAAGUAAACAUUUAAAUAUGAGGCAAUGUGGCGUCACGGCACACACGAGCCAUGAGAAAGAGAUAGAGGCAAUAAAGACUGAUGGAGAAAUAAUCGGGAAAGCAGUGGGGAGACAUGUUUGGACUAAAUGAGUGCAGGCAUCACACUGUGAAGAACAUUCUGUCUCGGCUCAAUUACAGAUGACUGAAACAUCCGCCCAGCCAUGACUGAACCAUUUAGACAAAUUUAUCCUUUUCUUUUUAUGACAGAUAUUGCCAAUUUUUCAGACCGGCAGAUUCUAAUCCAAGAAUGAGAGCUUAGCCGUAACUUUUUUUUUUUUAAUUAUAAACAAAUGUCCGUUGCAUUCAAAGUGCUGUCAAAAGAGCUCCAGACGGCUGUUCGAGUCCUUCAACUCCACACGCACUGUAACUCACACGUGUUUUCCCAGUUUAGCGAUGUUUACGUUGUGCGGCACCUGGCGACGUUCCCGCGCUGCACACAGGAAGUGAUUUUGUUUUAUGUCGUAAAAUGAGACGGCUGCAAAUAAGUAGGGGUGCGACUGUAGCGACAAAGAAGUUAAUUCCACUGUUUAAAAACAGCGCUCGUACAGCAGUUUAAUGGGAUACACUCUGCUUGUCGUUGUCUGUCCUGCUCCUGGUGUUUACAAUUACGAUUUUUCAUUAGUUUUAGUUUUUAU